AUGCUUCCCCUCGGCCUUCUCACGGCCGCACAGGGCCACCCAAUGCUGGUUGAGCUCAAGAAUGGCGAAACUUUGAAUGGCCACCUCGUAACAUGCGACAACUGGAUGAACUUGAUCCUGCGCGAGGUCGUACAAACCAGCCCUGAGGGUGACCGAUUCUUCAAGCUGCCAGAAGUCUACAUUCGUGGAAAUAACAUCAAAUACCUCCGAGUUCCCGAAGAGAUCAUCGAAAUUGUCAAGGAGCAGCAGCAGAACCAACCACAAAACCGACGAGGCGGCCAUGGUCACGAAAAUCCGAUCCUUUUGCAUACCUGA